UAUUCCCCUGACGCUGGGACUCUGCUUUUAAAACGACUUCCUGGCUUUUUGGUGCAAUGUUUGUUUAGCUAGCCGUGAUGGUGCUAAGCUAGCUGGUAGCGCGCUAACUUGUCCCAAGUAUCACACAAAUGUAGCUGCUGUUAACCUGCCGGCUCUUCCUCAUACGAUGACGAAGAGAGGAUGUUCAUUCGAAUGUUGCUUACAAUAUCGGAGACAUUUUUAUUUUGGAGUGGGAAUUAAUCGAUCGAGAAAGAGGCGUUUCCCGGUUUAUUGACAUAGCUAACGCUAGUGUCGUUAGCCUGCUGCUGCAGAGGGAGAACAACAUGAGGCUGCUGACCGUCUCUAGCUGGUUCCACCUCAGGGCUCCGUGCAGUACACGAGGUGCAUGCUGCGGGUGACUCGUGUGUUUACUCUGUUUGGAUGUGAUGGCUGCAGCAGAUCUGCCCUGUGGGGCUCUGAGACCCCGAUGCUCCAGAAUGACACCGUGUGAUCAGGUUACAUCGUCAAAUUGGAAUAAUUCGCAAAAAGCUCGACCUCCUCAGUCUCUCCUCGUGGACCUGGUCCUCAACGUCUCCUGCCGUGUUGCGUCCCUGGGCACUGCUUGGACCUCCUUAUAAAGCCUCUUUGUAUCUGGACAAUGAAUGCAUCUGAUGCAGUUCCCCUCUGCGUGUUCAUCCACUCGGUGUCUGCUGCUCUCCACUCGGCCUCCGUCUUGUGAUGGCAGUGCAGGAUCCCGGCAGGACGACAGGCUUUCCUUGCAAACAAUGUGGCGCGGUGUGUCCCAGUAUGCCCGGCCUGCUCGAGCACAUGGACGCUCACCUUCAGGAAGAAGAAGAACGCAAAUUUAAAUGUGAUGAAUGUGGACGCGGUUAUCGGCACGCCGGUAGCCUCGCGAACCACAAGAAGACUCACCAAGUGGGUUCUUUUCAAUGUAACACCUGCGGUAAAGAAUACUCUAAUGCUUUGGCCCUGAAGAGUCACCUCCGCAGCCACACCUCACAGAAGAAGUACUCGUGCGAUGAGUGUGGGAAAGCUUUCCGUCUGGCAUCACAGCUCGGCACGCACGCCAGGGUCCAUCUCUCCAGGAGAGUGAAAGACGAGUCGGUCGGGAAGGUAGACGUGGAAUAUCCCACUCGUGAAAUUGAAUCUGAAACUGAAACUGAAUAUGAAUAUGAAAAUGAUCUCAGUGAGCAGUCAGCCAGCGUCCAGAUUUCAGCAGGAAACAGCCCAGCUGAUGACGAGAUGGAGAUUGUUUAUAAUGCGCAAUCCGAGACGUCCGAUGGUGCGGCAGAUCGACCCUUCAGGUGUGAUUUGUGUGACAAGUCGUACAUACAUUAUCGAAGCCUGACCAAUCACAAGAAGACUCACCAGGUGGGAAUGUUUGAAUGCACCGUGUGUUUCAAGCAGUUCAACAACAUGGCUGCUCUCUACAGCCACCAGAGGACUCACAGGACGAGAAGUGGCACGGACCCGGACUCGAUCGGUGAGUCCUACUCCGCCACGCCUCCGGGACGGUUCUCCCCUCAGAGCCACGACUCUCCAGUGAACUUUUGCCAUUUGUGUCAGGUCCUCUUCCCCAAUGACGCCGAGUUCCAGGAACACAUCCAAAUGCAUAACUCUUCAUCUGUGUCAUUCGGUCUUCACGAUGCCGCGUCAGAGAACCUCAAUAUAUCAUAUGACAACAGUAUCGCUUCGCCUGAGUCCAAUUUAUAUGCAUCUCCUUUAAAUAAUGUUCCCUCAAUAUCAUCUGUAGAUAAUCUGGGAGGCUUUGAUCAGCCAAAGGAGCGGAUUAGAAGUAACGGCCACAUGUACUCUGACUGCCCCAAUAAUCAAACGCCCCCUUUCAAUAGCACUCAGGGAGAACCACCGAUCACAGAUACAAGCAUUCUCAAGCCUCCCCUGAUGCACGCAGAGAACAGUGACGAUGCAGCUGAAGCAGAAGAGACUGAAGCUGUAGAUUCUGCCGACCGUCGUUUCAGGUGUCGAAUCUGCAGUAAAAGCUACCGGCACUCUGGGAGCCUCAUCAACCACAAAAGGUCACAUCAGGUCGGGAUUUACCAAUGUUCCAUCUGCAGAAAGAGCUAUCCUCACCUCGCUGCCCUGAAAAGUCAUCUUCGUCUCCACAAAAACCAGUCGACCUCUUUUGGUGAGGGUGACUGGCUCUCCUCAGAGCCUCUGACUCUGGAUAACCAACAGGGCUGCUUCUCCUCUCAAGACGAGGAAGAGGAGGGGGAGGGGGAUGGCACUCCUCCUGUGCUUGGGGUGAAUCAGGAGAAUGGAGUUGACCACAGCAACAGAGCUUCAUACCAUGAGCAGUUCAAACAGGACGUCAUGCAUCUACCUCACGACCAACACCCGAUGCAGAGGCACAUGUGUGCAGAUUGUGGUGAGACAUUUGCAGAUAUUGCAGGGAUAAAGUCUCACAGCUGCCCGAUGCUCCAGCAGCAACACGACACGACGAGCGCCGACUACGACGGUGAUGUACAUUUCCCGGAAAGUAUUGGCCGCUGUGCGAUUGGAAAUCCAGGAAGUAAUGUUGAGUUCCACGGUCUGAACGGUGGCCACGAGCAGAGUUACUUUGAUCAGAACUUUCAUGACACUUUGAGCCUCGAUCAGCUGAAUGGUGACGAAGAAGGUGGUAAUCAUGACGAAGAUGACGAUGAUGGGGAUCUUUGUCAAUGCUCUAUUUGUGGAAACCGCUACACCAGCAUGGGGGCUCUCAGGAGCCAUCUCCGAGGGCACGCCCAGUCCCACGGUACCCCUGCGAGCUCGGGGCCUUCCUCCAUGUCCUCCCACGAAGAGAUAAAGGAAGACGAGCCCGGAGAGAUGAUGAUCUGUAGCACGUGUGGGGAGAGCUUUGCCAACAGGCAGGACUUGAUCCUUCAUCAGUUGCUACACAAAAAGGACCAGGAAGUAGAUCCUGUAAAUAUGGACAACAGUGGUGCGUCUGCAGGAAAAGAGGAAGUGCAGAGUGUAAUCUGUGGCAGCUGUGGCAUCUUCUGCACCAGCUUCCAUCACCUUGACAACCACGGCUGCACAGAUCGGACGGAAGAUUUGACGACCGCUAAGGAGGAAACGAAAGGAAAUGGCGUUGCCCAGCAUGAAGGAACGCUGGACUCCGGAGAUCGUCAGUACAAGUGUGACCAGUGUGGCCGUUCAUACCGACACGCCGGCUCUCUCCUCAACCACAAGAAGUCCCACAAAACCGGCGUAUUCAGAUGCCUCAUCUGCCAGAAGCGCUUCUACAACCUGUUGGCCCUUAAAAACCACCAGAGGUCCCACUUUGAUAUUAAGAGGCAUACCUGCCAUGAGUGUGGGAAAGCCUUCAAAAUCCAGAAGCAGCUUUUGAAUCACCUGAGAAGGCACAAAGAGAACCAAGCCAAGAUCCAUGACCUCAACAACCAGAUCCAGGCUCUCAUGAACGAGGCCCAGUCGGACGGAGGAGCGCAGGCCCCGCCUUCGGCCGCCGCUCAGGCCUUCCCCUCCUCUCGGCGCUGCAAGCCGCUGCGGGGCGCCAAGAGAGGUCCGGUAAAGUGUCGACCUGCACUGAAGUCGGAGGACGCGGGGGACCAGCGGCCCUUCGCCUGUGACCAGUGUGGCCGUACGUAUCGCCACGCAGGAAGUCUGGUCAACCACAGGAACUCCCAUAAAACGGGUGAAUAUUACUGCUCCGUGUGCAACAACACGUACUCCAAUCAGCUGGCGAUGAAGAACCACUUGCGCACCCACUUUGCAUAUAAAAAGCACUCUUGCCAAAACUGUGGAAAAGGCUUCCGGGGAAAGAAGCAGCUAUUGGGCCACAAUUGUGCCAACGUCAGAAAGGAGGGGACGAGAAGCAAGAGGGUCCUCAAAGCUCGACCCGCUAAGUGUAAGGAGAGUCGGCAGGCCUUCGUCUCCGUGGCCCAGCUGGCGGCCCACGCCUGUGACGGACCUCCAGGCGGCAAGAGAGAGGAGCGGCCGUUCGCCUGCAACAUGUGCAGUCGCAGCUACCGCCACGCCGGCUCCCUCCUGAACCACAAGAACACCCACAAGACGGGAACCUUCAGCUGCUCCUUCUGCUCCAAGCCCUUCAGCAACCCCAUGGCGCUCCGCAACCACACGCGCAUCCACACGCAGAAGAAGAAGUACGGGUGUCUGACGUGCGGAAAGGCCUUCCGCCUCGCCAGCAUCCUGCACAACCACCAGAGGGUCCACGACCGCGUCGCCAGCCAGUUCAACUGUCCGGCCUGCGGGAAGAGCUUCCAGGGCCGGGCCGGCCUGAAGAGGCACCGCUGCCGCCGGGGCCAGGAGAACUCGCCCCGAGCCGGAGUCCAGCAGUCGGAGCGGGGGGACCGCUGCUUCAUGUGUGACCUGUGUGGGCGCUCCUACCGCCACGCUGGCUCUCUCCUCAACCAUAAAAAGACGCACUCCUCCAGCCUCCACCACUGUACCUUGUGUCUCCAGACAUUUCCUGAUCCUCUCACUCUACAGAUACACGCCAUGAUGAGGCGUCACUGCUGCCCCGAGUGCGGCAAGACCUUCUGUCAGGUGGCCCACCUGCAGAGCCACAUGGAGGUGCACUCAAAGGACCCUCGCCAGCAGAGCGGGGACCGACCCGGAGACGACGGCGCUCGCCGGGACUCGGGAAUCGAUCCGGCCGCGGGGAUCGACGGGACGCGCGGGCCGGCUCCGCCCCCUUCCUCCCACAUUCCAGGAAGCGGCGAGACACAGAGCCGCGAGUCUGGCGGCCCGGAGGAGAAGAGCCACGUGUGCGAGCACUGCGGCCGCGCCUACCGCCACGCCGGCUCCCUGCUCAACCACAAGAACAGCCACAAGACGGGCGCCUUCUCCUGCGCCGUGUGCCACAAGGCCUUCACCAACCUGAUGGCGCUCAAGAACCACCGGCGCAUCCACACGGAGCCCAAGCGCUACCAGUGCCUGCAGUGCGGCAAGGCGUUCCGCGUGUCCACGCAGCUCGUCUGCCACCGCCGCAUCCACACCAAGGAGAAGCCCUUCAGCUGCCCGCCGUGCGGCAAGAGCUUCUCCAGCAAGUCCAACCUGCGGCACCACCAGAAGAUGCACCCGGCGAGCACGCAGCCCUGCGCCUCCUUCAGCAUGGACGCCUUCAUGGACCUGGACACGGGCUCCUUCCUCUAGACGGCCUGCGCCUCCUUCAGCAUGGACGCCUUCAUGGACCUGGACACGGGCUCCUUCCUCUAGACGGCCUGCGCCUCCUUCAGGGACCUGGACACGGGCUCCUUCCUCUAGACGGCCUGCGCCUCCUUCAGGGACCUGGACACGGGCUCUUUCCUCUAGACGGCCUGCGCCUCCUUCAGGGACCUGGACACGGGCUCUUUCCUCUAGACGGCCUGCGCCUCCUUUAGGGACCUGGACACGGGCUCUUUCCUCUAGACGGCCUGCGCCUCCUUCAGCAUGGACGCCUUCAUGGACCUGGACACGGGCUCCUUCCUCUAGACGGCCUGCGCCUCCUUCAGGGACCUGGACACGGGCUCCUUCCUCUAGACGGCCUGCGCCUCCUUCAGGGACCUGGACACGGGCUCUUUCCUCUAGACGGCCUGCGCCUCCUUCAGGGACCUGGACACGGGCUCUUUCCUCUAGACGGCUCUGCGCCUCCUUCAGGGACCUGGACACGGGCUCUUUCCUCUAGACGGCCUGCGCCUCCUUCAGGGACCUGGACACGGGCUCUUUCCUCUAGACGGCCUGCGCCUCCUUCAGGGACCUGGACACGGGCUCUUUCCUCUAGACGGCCUGCGCCUCCUUCAGGGACAUGGGCUCUUUCCUCUAGACGGCCUGCGCCUCCUUCAGGGACCUGGACACGGGCUCUUUCCUCUAGACGCUCUGCGCCUCCUUCAGGGACCUGGACAUGGGCUCUUUCCUCUAGACGCUCUGCGCCUCCUUCAGGGACCUGGACAUGGGCUCUUUCCUCUAGACGCCCUGCGCCUCCUUCAGGGACCUGGACAUGGACUCUGUCCUCUGGACGCCAUGCGCCUCCUUCAGGGACAUGGGCUCUUUCCUCUAGACGCCCUGCGCCUCCUUCAUGGACCUGGACAUGGGCUCUUUCCUCUAGACGCCCUGCGCCUCCUUCAGGGACCUGGACAUGGGCUCUUUCCUCUAGACGCCCUGCGCCUCCUUCAGGGACCUGGACAUGGGCUCUUUCCUCUAGACGCCCUGCGCCUCCUUCAUGGACCUGGGCUCUUUCCUCUGGACGACGCGUGGCCCUUCAUUGCUCUGCGGUCCAUCCCUCGUCAAUAAUCGUAAAACAGUAUUUUCUUCAUUUUGUUUCUCCCAAAAGGACAUGCACUUUUCAUGACUGACUUCCUGUCGUACCCCCCCGCACCGCGUGGUGACAUCAUUCAAGAAACUGCAGAAGGCUGCUCGGCGUUCCCUGAAGUCUGAAUGUUCCCAUGAAGACACAAGAUGCCACAGCACGGGAACUCUCGGCGCUCCUCCUGAACGACAGCCCGCCAGACUGGAGUCACACGGCGGUGACCGUCCCUUACAUGUGUACUCGUGUUCAGUGCCUCUGUACGUUCCUUAGGAAACGAGAUAUACAAACUAUAUUUAUCUCUGAAUCCGUUUGUUGGCCGCAGUGUCAAAGGACUGCUCACUUUGGGGCGAGCCUGUGAAGUCCAAUACCUCCUGGGCGGGUCGAAGGUCAGUGGCAAAGUUAUUUUCUGAACUCAUAAUAUCAAGUCAAUAGUUGUACUGCUAAUAAUAUUAAAAUAAAUAGGUUUUUAAUAAUU